AGUGGAAACAGCUUGAAAAAACAAAUUUGAAAAAAUUAUUCUGCAAAGUCCUAUAACAUUAUUUCGGAAAAAAUCUCGGAUUAUUCUAAGAGAUUUUUUUACAAAUUGUUUAGGUGAAUAAUUUUUAUUGAAAUGUGUUUAUGCUCUUGGCGGUGAAGAAAUAGCGAUAGGUAUAUGAUGCAACAAUACGCGAUGAUGAAAGAGCGCGCGCGGUCAUUUGAUACGAUGUACUCUCUGUGUUGAAGCAAAAAUCUGUAGCUGAAAAGAUAUUUAAAUAUACAUAUUUCCAAUGUUGGACUGUCUCGAGGAAGAAAAAAUCGUUACGAUUCAUGGGAUUGUCACCUUUAUUUCGUAACAUCCUCCUCGGUGUUCCAAUAGGAGUUACUUUCCUUGAUACGGUUGGGUAUGUAGCAAGAGUCGAAGGAAUAUCUAUGCAACCAGCUCUCAAUCCUGAUGAUAAACAGACCGAUUGGGUAUUCCUUAAUCGCUGGGCUGUCAGAAGCUAUGACGUACAAUAUGGCGAUGUUGUUAUUUUUGUAUCGCCCAAAUUUCCUAGUCAAAAAUUAAUUAAACGCAUCAUUGGGCUCUCCGGUGAUAUCGUUGCGACAAUUGGGUACAAAUCACCAGUGGUUGAGGUACCAGAAGGUCAUUGUUGGGUAGAAGGAGAUCACACAGGUCAUUCUAUGGAUUCAAACUGUUUUGGUCCAGUGUCCCUGGGUCUUGUAACAGCAAAAGCUACGUGUAUUGUUUGGCCUCCCAGUCGCUGGCAAUAUCUUAAAUCAACAGUACCAGAGAACCGUAAACCUAUAAAUUUUGUGAAAUCUACACUGGUGUAA